AGCAGAGAGAGAGAGAGAGAGAGAGCGAAGGCAACGAGGAGGUGGAGGAGGAAGAAGAAGAGGAAAAGAAUGGCAUGAGGAGGAGAGAAGGAGGAGGAGGAGGAGCAGGAAGAGGAGAGGAUUGUCGUCAAAACAUGAGCAGAAAGAAAGGAGGGGAAGAGGAGAGCUCUGGUUGUGUUUGCCGCAUUUCGCCCACCUCGCCUUGCAUCCCAGCUCGUGCGAUUUAGCGCUUGGAUUCGUGCCUGUCUGUGUUGUUUGCCAGUGGUAUCACGAAUCUUGCUAUUCUGCCGGUUCCAGGCACCGCGCCCCAGCGGCAAACAAUGCUGGAGGUUCUGUCGAGGUUUUGAGAAGUGUUUGAAAAUGGCUGAGGCCGGGCAAGUCGAGGCGGCCAGGCAAGCUGUUGUGGUGGCCUUAGAUUGGACCUCUUCCGCUGAUGCUCGCCAAGCUGCCACUGCUUACCUUGAAUCGGUGAAAUCGGGAAAUGUACAUACACUAGCAGCAGUUGCGUAUUCUUUAGUGAGACAGGAACAGUCUUCCGAAGUUCGUCUGUAUGGCUUCAAGAUGCUCCAGCAUUUGAUACGUUUACGAUGGGAUGAGCUGAGCCCAGAAGAACAUCGACAGAUGGCGCAAAUGGCUCUCAAUAUGAUCCAAGAAGUCGCCAAACCUCAUGAGCAAUGGGCUCUCAAGAGUCAGGCUGCUGCUCUUGUGGCGGAGGUCUCAAGGAGGGGAGGACCGCCCAUGUGGAAAGAGAUGCUACCCAGUCUAUUCAGCCUUAGCACUUCCAGCGCUAUACACUCAGAGUUGGUGGCGAUGGUAUUGCGCUGGCUUCCCGAAGAUGUAACUGUUCAUAACGAGGAUUUGGAAGGUGAACGGCGGAGGCAGUUACUUUUUGGAUUGACUCAGACCCUGCCGGAGACUUUGCCGUUCUUGUUUCAGCUGUUGGAAACGCAUUUCACGGCCGCCAUGACCUUUACGGCUGCUAAGCAAGAGGAGGCCGCAAGGCAGCAUGCUCAAGCUGUCACAGCAACAUUGAACGCAAUUGUUGCAUACGCGGAGUGGGCCCCUGUAACUUCGAUGGUUGAAUAUCGUCUCGUUGAAGCGUGUGCAAUACUGCAGAAAGCCCCACAGUUUCGACUUAGUGCUUGUGAGGUUUUGAAACUCAUCGCCGCAAGGCGCAAACCAGCAGAUGAUACAGCUCCACUCUUCAUGGCAGCCAUAGUGCAUGUGUUCGAGGCUCUUUCUACCGCUUCAGAGGCCUUUUUAAUGCACAUAGGUCAACAAACGUCAGAGACAUUGAGUGGUACCAAGUCUAAUGUGGAGGAGAGUGAUAUUGAGUAUGGGGAGUGCUUGUGUGAGGCGAUGGUUGCCCUUGGCUCUCAAAAUCUGUCAUGUAUAGUGGAAGACGAGAGUCGGUUGGGUACUUAUCUCAGGAGGAUGCUUGGAUUCCUUCAGCUCAGGUCUUAUGCACUACAUUCCCAAGCUUUGCCCCUGUGGCUGACGCUUCUUCGGGACACAGCGUCCUCAGUCGUGAACAAGGCUGAUUCAGUUGGCCCAGCUUCUAGUACAGAGAACGGCCUUCCUGCAACUCACGCUGAGAAAGAAAAGAAAGGAGUAGCUAUCCUGAUUACGGAAGAGCUAUGCGCUGUACUCCUUGAGCUCGCGUUCCAUCGACUUCUAAUGAAGAGUCCAGAAGAAGCUGGAUCUGAUAACAUGUCCUGGAUUCAGGACUUCUCGACAGCAAUCGAUUAUCGUCAGUCUCGCGGAAGAUUGUUGGAGCUGGUCAGGCUUAUUGCCACUAUCAGGCCUUUGGUAGCAGUAACGCACGUUUCCCAGCAAAUGGACGUGGUGUUGAACAUUGGCGAUUCAUCCCAUCCAUCCUCUCAGGAACUAUCAAGCCUACAGACCACCCAAGUCAUGCUCGAGACUGUCAUCAAUGGCAUCCCUGAACCUGUUAUGGCAGCAGAAGCUUCGUCGAAAAGGGAUUUGGGACUUAAGCUUGAGGGUAUAUUUACCAGACUAUACAACAUCGAGUGGAAAAUUCCAGGUCUUGUGGAACUGCUUGGAAGUUAUCUCGAUGCGAUGGGGCCCUUCUUGAAGCAUUCUCAAGCUGCCGUUCCUAUGGUCAUUGAGAAACUUUUUGCUUUGCUCGUAUCUUUACCAGCGAUGCGGAUGGAUCAAGUCCAGGAUGCAGCGGCUGCAAAUUCUCUGAAGGAGAUAUCCCGAGCACGACUUCAAGUCUGCACAUCUUUUUUGCGAGUUGCAAAAGCAGCUGAUACAGCACUGCUUCCAUACGCUCAGCGUAUUGCAACCACCAUGGAGGAGCUUCAGCAGCAAGGUCGUCUGCCACGGGGUGAAGUGAAUUUGUUGGGAGAAGGACUUCUAAUCGUGGGAUCUGCUGGCGGGAAUGUGCAGCACGGGCAAGUUUUGGACUGGCUGCUUGGACCUUUCAGGAUGCGCUGGCAACAGCCUGAAUGGCAGCAACGCUUCCUCAGCAGUCCAAGUGGCAUUGUAGACCUUCUAAGUUGCAGGGACAAAAUAUUUGUGGGUCCUGCUGCAAAUGAUGGCAAGUCAUAUAACGAGGAAAUAUGGUUUGUAUAUCAUACUGUUACUUUUUUUGAACGAGCACUGCGAAGAUGUGCUGAACCUAAGAAGUCCAAAUCACCAUCUUUGAUGGUGUCCCACUUGCAGUGGAUGCUGCCUCCGCUGCUGAAGCUACUGCGUUGUAUACACGCGUUAUGGUCCGAAGCAAUAAUGCCCACGUUGCCGGCUGAAGUUCGAGGAGCUCUAGCCAUGGGGGUACCAGAGCAGCUCUCUCUGCUUGGCACAGCAGGAUCGCAAGGAUCAGGUGGUAAUGUAGAAGCCAAUCAGAUGGAGAGCAAUUCUAACGGCAUGGAUACUAAAGAAAAUGACAUCAGAACGUGGUUGAAGGGUAUUCGCGAUAGUGGGUACAAUGUGCUGGGUUUAGCGGCAUUACGAAUUGGUGACGAUUUUUUUGACGACACCGAUGGUCGAGCUGCAGCAUGCGCAGUUGCUCUUGUGGAAAAUAUCAAUUACAUGGAAAUGCACCAUCUGCGACAGCUGAAUCACUCUGUUAUCGUAAAUUUUGUGAAACAUUGUCCCCGUCCACAUUGGGUUUCAUGGUUGGGUCGUCUUUUACCACGUGUCUUAGUACAUUGUCAAGCCGUCCUCUCUUCAGCAUGGAGCAGUUUGAUAAGAGAAGGAGCUGUGAGAGCCCCAGUAAAUUGGGUUGUCAGUGCUGCCGUAGGAUCGGAUGAUGGUUCCUCAAGAGCGAUAAAAACGGAAGUAAUUUUAGAAAAACUUCUGAGGGAUCUUACACGAGAAACAUGCCAUGUUCUUGCUGUUAUAGCGAUCUUGAGCCCACGACAGCAGAUACCUUCAGAGCACCAACCUGGAACAGAGGUGAACAUGAUUAUUGGUUCAGAUACGAUGAUAGGAUUCCUUAUGCAACAGAGAGAAGCAGCGCGUGCUGCCUUACUCUUGGGUAUCGAGGCAUUGGAGUGGCCAGACAGUGAGACAGUACAUAAAGCUGUAAACUUCUGCAGUGCUGUCGUUAGUAUGGCGUCCGUGCUUACGGAUCUGGAGCUCCAAGAAAUAGUAGGACAGAAUAUGUUUCUGGCCGCCAUACGCGGCCUUACUUUGGAAUCAAAUGCGACAGGACAAGCUGAGCUGAUAGGGCUCCUCAGAGAAAUCUACAUUCGCCUCUCAGCUCAUAGCCAAGCCCCUCGCCAGGUCCUUUUGUCCUUACCAUCCAUUACUCCGGAAGUCCUAGCCGCGUUUGAAAAAGCUUUGGGAAAAACCUCCAGUACGAAAGAGCAGCGGCAGCUCGUCAAGAAUCUCCUUUUAACUGCUGGAGGCGAUCAGUUGAAGGCUUUAAAAGCACAAAAAAAUACCAAUGUUAUUACAAAUGUCACAAAUCGAUUAGUCGAGAUGGGCAUCGAGCAUGUGGCCAUCGACUCAGGCCCUAUUGGAUUGGCCUCGAUCGUCAUGUAAGAUGGAAAAGACCAAGAAGCUGCCAUUGUAGCAUAAACAAUGUCAUGGUCUCUUAUACGAGCUUGCGUUUUUUAAGUUUCUGUGCCCACUGUUCUGCUUGUUUUGACUUUUAGCAAGAACAUUGGUCAUCUUUGACGUGGAGCCUGAACGAAUUUUCUCUGAAUUUGGUACUUCAAGCCUUAUGUAAACUGGCAGGGGCCUUUUAAGAUUGGAAACAAAAUUGACAUUCGGCCUGACUAAUUAGCAACCUAGAACUUUCAACUUUAGCGUGGUACAGAGCUUUGUUUAAUACGGGGACCACAUUUUUGCAUCAAGAAUGCAGCAUACGGUUCUCCCCCAUCACACUUCGAUACUGUGACUUGGUGAAAUUAGACUAGUCCUAGGGUAGUGAUCACCAAUUGAGCAUACCUUUGUUGUGUAUAUUCUUCUAGAUGACUGUAAUUUCUUUAGCUUGAUCCAUCGCAAAAGCAUGGAACCAAUUUUGAUCUGUAUAAUGGUGACGGUAUGCCAAAGUUUAAUGUGAAAGCGACGUAUGUAUGUACUA